GAAUGUUUGAACAAGACCUAUAGAGAGAAAAGGAAGGUUUCAAAUCAAUGUGCACAUGAUUCAUUCAUUUUUCGAGGUAUAAGAGAUAUUUCACUUCUGGUUUUGGUGUUAUCUGAAAUAUGGAUUACAAGCCGUUGGUAUUCCUUGUCUUUAUAAGUCUAGCUAUCGCUAAAAAGGAAGAGAGGGAGGUAGUUCUCGACAUCAACAAACUGAGUGCCUUUGUUGGGGAGACUGGUCUACAAAUCCGAUGUCACGCCGAUGGGAAGACAAUCGUGGACCCAACAUGGAUGAUCAUCGAGUUCGCCGGGUUUCAGUCAAAACGCCCGAUGUUGUACCUGUUCAAGAAAGGAGAGAGUGAGACCAUUGAAUGGGGCCAGGAAUUCAAUGUCACUCAGCUACAGAGCCAUAUUGCUGUCACUGGUCAGCUAAAGGGAUCCCAGUCCUUUCUACAGCUAGACUUCAGUCACGUAGCCUGUGGGGAUGGCGGUCGGUACACGUGUUCAUAUGGAGGCCUCGACAAGCAGGGGAAACUCAGGAAGUUUUCCAUGUCCGGGGAUUUCAUCGCUCAAACUAUUGAUGGCGGGCCACCCCAGGUUACCGUUAAUGACAAAGUUACCAAAUCUUUCGAAUCGCUCAAAGUAUCUCCCGGCGAAAAAAUUCACCUUGUUUGCGAAGGUGACGUGGGGAAACCACGCAUUCCCGUGUUUUGGAUUCUAGACGAGAUUCCUAAACCUCAGAGAGUUUUAGACGAGAAAGACGGCGUAAAACAAGGUCUUUCGAUCAUACCAGAUGAUAACCUAUGUUCGUUCAGAUCACGGGUACAUCUUUACUACGAAAUGAAGAAUAGCAUGGCCAUAAUAACGUGUAAAAUAGCUUUCCGACAGGUCCAUAUUUUUCUUCACCCGUAACUUAUUUCUCAGCAAAGGCGACAGACUUUGGACAGUACUCGGAUGGAGGCAGUAGAUAAUCUUAUAACCAAUUAUCGAGACACUGAUUGAGAAAACUGUGGCGGUUGUGAAUUCUAUUUAGAGUUUACAGUGGUUGAAUUAUUCCAAAUAUUGUAGCUGAUGGAUAUCGGAAAUAGAUACCCGUUUUAAUUAAUCAAUAUUAAACAUUGAUUCCUUCUUGCAUUG